AUGUUCUCCUUGACAGCUUGGAAACGAUUUUGGAAAUCAAGAAAAGAUAUGGCACCUGCAAAUUGUGGUGAUACCCCCUUUCUUUCUGUCUCUCACCUAACAAAAGUAUACAAAGGAAAGAGAGUUAUAAAAGCUAUUGAUUCCCUUGACUUUGCUAUAGGCAGUGGAGAAAAAAUUUUGAUCAUUGGCCCAAACGGAAGCGGAAAAACAACAUUAUUAUCUUCAUUAACAGGAGCCAUUCCUUGUGAUGAAGGAAAACUUAAGGUUAAUGGAUUCAAUGCUGAUUUCGUUGAUCUCCAGAAAUGUACUGGCUUCUGUUACCAAGAAAAUGUUUUUGCUGAAGGAUUGACUGUGAAGGAGCAUCUUGAGUUUUUUGGUCGAUUGAGAGGAGCUAGUAAUGAAAAGAUCCAAGAUCAUAUAGAUUAUAUAACAUCAAAACUUAAUAUUGAUGAUUUGUUAUUUAGUGAUCCGAAAAAUCUCUCUGGCGGCCAGAAAAGAUGUGUUUCUGUUGCUAUGGCAUACAUCGGAGCACCUUCUUUAGUAAUCUUGGAUGAACCUACGUCUGGAGUUGAUGCUUACGAAAGACAGCUUCUUUGGAAGAUGGCUUCUUAUUUCGUGAACACUACAACGAUAAUUGCAAGCCAUAGUCUGGAAGAAGGAGAAAGUGUUGCAAGUAGAGUUUUCGUGAUGGACGAAGGAAAAAUAAUUUUCAUGGGAACACCUUCAGAGUUACGAGCAAGAUACAAAUGCGGCUACAGACUGAAGUUUUUGAUGGAUAAUGAAACGCAAAUUGUUGAUAAAGCAGAAGAAGUCUUGAAUUUCAUUCAGAAAAUAGUUCCAAAUGCUGUUUUAGACUAUGAGAUGUCUGAGUCAAUAAUGAUCCCUGUUUGUGACGAAAUUCCAAAAUUGUUAAAAUUUAUGGAUGAAAACGUUAAAGAGUUGGGGAUAAAUGGAUAUACAAUCACUGUUGAAGCACUUGAACAUAUCAUGCUGCGAAUGCUUGCAGACAAAGACCAGGAUAUGUCUGGAUCUAAUUUUGAUUAG